AUGGCUGGCUACGGUGGCUACGGGGCCGGAAGCGACUUAUACGGCAUGGCGCGCCAUGGCCGGCGACCCAUCAUCCAGCGUUUCGACGAGUACUACAGAUGCUAUCCCCUCAUCAUGGCGCCCGGCAGCGAACGGCCAGAGUUGAAUUUCGGGUCCAAGAUCAUUCUUCCGCCGUCGGCGCUGGACAAGGUGUCCAAGCUCCAUGUCCAGUGGCCCUUGCUCAUGGAGUUGAUCAACGGCGAGAAGGGAAAGCACUCGCAUGCCGGUGUCUUGGAGUUUAUUGCCGAGGAAGGCCGUGCAUACAUUCCUCAGUGGAUGAUGGUGACGCUGGGCCUGGACGUGGGCGACAUGAUCCAGAUUCGAACGACCUCUUUGGAACUUGCCAGAAUGGUCAAGCUUCAGCCGCAAUCAGUCAACUUCCUCGAGAUUAGCGAUCCAAAGGCAGUCUUGGAAAAGGCAUUCAGAAACUUUGCAACCCUCACAAAGGGCGACGUCUUCAACUUUGAGUACAACGACGAGGUCUACGACGUGGCGGUUCUCGACGUCAAGCCGGAGACGGAGAAGAUGGGCGUCAGUAUGAUUGAAACCGAUGUGUCGGUCGAGUUUGCGGCGCCCGUUGGCUACGUCGAACCUGAAAAGAAGAGCGGAACCAGCACGCCGCGGAGCACCAUGGGCGGCGUGCCUGCUGGCGGCGUUUUGCACAGCCAGGGCACCAUGGCUCAGGCCAUCAACUAUAACGCUAUUGCUCCCUCAGUGACGAGCGUGCCAACCAACUUUAUUGGAGAAGGCCAGCGGGUGGCCAAGAAGGGGAGCAAGACUGCUACACCAAAGCCCGCGACUCCAGUACCGGUCGACACAACGCCCGUCCUCAAACGACGGGACGGCGCUCCGGCACCUCUUCGCCUUCCUCCCAACAAGCUCUUCUUCGGGUACGAACUGAAGCCUCUGAAGACGGAUGCUGACAAGGAGAAGGAGAAGGAGAAUUCCUCGAAGCCGCACUUUGCUGGGCAGGGACAGAGUCUGCGUGGAGCGACUAAGAGAAAGGGAGACGCAGACGACAAGUCAAAAGCCCCAGACAAGAAGGCAACAAACGGAAGCCGGCUGGAUGGCCGAUGA